AUUAGUAGAAAUGUCACAAUACGUUUGGUUUCCCCUUGUUAUUUUUAUGAUAUGAUUGAAUUCAUUGCAUUUCUGCUCAUCUUGUUCUUUUCGCUUGAGUCCCCGGUCACAGCUCCAGGGAUCAUCAUGGUGUUCCUCAGCUUGGAGUCACUCCGCGUGUUCUUACUGCUGAUGUUUCAGCAACAAGUUACAGGACGUGAACUCUUCCAUCCCCAGUACUACGUGGAGGCAACAGAAGAAAGCAAAGUCACAUUAACGUGUGCCAUUUCCAGAGCCACUCAGCCUUCAUCCAUGAUGUGGUAUAAAGCUAUCGGGGGUGAGUGCACACAUGUGUACUCCUUUCCUCCAAUGGGUGAGGGAAAUGACCCUCGUGUGACAUGGACAGAAGAUCCCUCACUCUUGAACUUCAGCAUCACAAUAAGAGACGUCAAAGUCAAUGACACUGGAGAGUAUUUCUGUGAAAUGCACAGAAAGUUACUGUGGGACAUGCACUGCAUGUUUGGACGAAGGAUCACCUUAACUGUGAGAGGUUCGUAUGGAGCUUUAUCCAAUGAAUAUUUCCCUUUUUAUAUUCUGCUGUUGGAGAAAAUGUGCCUUCUAGUUCUAAUCACUGCUGUCUUUGGGGUCUGGAAGUGGAAUGAAAAGAGAAACACUGGAGCAUCGCAAGGACAUAAGGUGAGGCAAUAAAGGUCCAAUUAACCUGAAAACCGCCGGGUGUCCUUCCAAUUGAAAUGCUGUUCAUAUCUUGUCCCUCAGAGAAGCCACCACUCAGAAGCCACCUGUUUUUUCUUUUCUCUUUAUAGUUUACUUUGUACCUUUGUCGAGUUUGACCGUCCUUUGAUUAUUCGACGGCAUUACAGAAUUGCCGUCAAAGUUUUAUUUUCUAUUGCACCUCACGCAGUAAAUUCAGAGAAAACAUCUCUCUAUGCAUCUACUAUACAAUAGCUACCACCGGAAGGACUCCAAUUCCCAGCAGCCCCAAAGGGGAUUGCCUUCAUUGGAUGUCUGAAAUGGGCACAGGGGCUGCUGGGGACAAGAAGGGCCAGCAGAAAACUUGAAAAGGGGUCGGCAAGAGAAGAGAAAGGUCUACGUUUCUGUAUAUUCCGUGUGUCCUGUGCAACGUAAACACUGUGAAGUCAUUCGCACAUUGGAUCAUUUCUCACAAGGAUGAAUGGACUGUGUCGUGUCUGCCUGUCGUGUGAAUAGGGUGGAUUAGUUGUCGUGUGUUCUCGGAGGGAGAGCUCCCACAAAUCUCACCCCUCGCCACUCAGGACUACCAGUACGGCUGUUUAAUUCACUCAUAACGGAAGCUGAUCCCGGGAUCGUCAUCAUCAUCUUUACACCAUACUAUUUCAUCCAUUUCUGCAGCAUUGGAACUGUGAUAAGGACAUUGUCAUGAGUGUUUAUUGUUGGGGGUGACUGUUGUAUGUUAUAUUUGUAUUGGCGAAAGGGGAACGGGAGGGUUGUCUGAUUUUUGUUGUUGUUAAUUGAUUUUUCACUUAAUAUA